AUGGCCGACAAGGAAAGUGGGCAGGCAUUUGCCCCGGUCCUAGCGGCCGUCGCGACUAUGCAAGGGAAUGUGCCUAGGUCCGAGAAGACCCAAGCCCACGAAUUCCUAGAGAAGUUCCAGAAAUCGAUCGAGGCCUGGCAAACAACCCACUCUCUAUUACAGUCGCCCGAUGUUCCCGUCGAAGCUAAGUUGUUCGCCGCAACGACAUUGAAAGGAAAGAUCGUCUUUGACCUCGACCAACUUCCCCCCGAUGCCGUCGUUGCCCUCCGAGAUUCCGUCCUCAACCUACUGGUGGCUUUUGCUUCCGGCCCACGCCCAAUUCAGACUCAGCUAUGUGUAUGUUUGGCAAGCUUGGCGAUCCAGAUGCUCGCAUGGAAGGAUGUCCUGGCAACUGUGGGCGCAGCAUUGGGCAACAGUGCGGGGGACUGUGUGUUGGAGUUUUUGAAGAUUCUGCCGGAAGAAGUGACCGAGGGUCGCAAGAUCAAUCUCAGCGAGGAUGAUCUCAUUCAAAGGACUAAGGAAUUACUGGAAGAUAAUGCCGAACAGGUGAUGCAGUUGUUGAUCGGGUAUUCCCAGUCUUCGCCAACGGCCGCCACAAACCCGCGUCUGCUCGAUUGCAUCACUUCAUGGCUGCGCGAGAUCCCUGCUUCCCAGGUUGUCGAGUCGCCUCUCAUGGAUGUCAUUUUGAAAGCAUUGGAUAAUGACGUGUCUUUCGAUGCUGGCGUCGACUGCAUGUGCACUCUCUACCGUGACACCCGCGAUGUCAACGAAUCGCUUCCCGUAAUUCAGGCCCUGUACCCCCGCCUCAUGGCCCUGCGACCGAAGAUUGCUGAGAAUGCCGAGGCGGAGGAUCUCGAGGCGUUCAAGGGUAUCACGAGGAUGUUUGCUGAGGCUGGUGAAGCUUGGGCGGUUCUUAUUGCGCGCCUUCCGGGCGAGUUCCGCGGCUUGGUCGAGGCGGUUCUGGAGUGCGCUGCGCGUGAUUGGGAGCGCGAUGCUAUUUCUUUGACCUUUAUCUUUUGGUAUGAGUUGAAGCAGUACAUCACGCUUGAGCGUUAUCCCGAAGCCAGAGUCAGCCUACAAGAUAUCUUCUCCCAGCUGGUGGACAUCAUGGUGAAGCAUCUCGAGUUCCCCAAGCCAGAGGAUGAUGAAACCGAUCUAUUUGCCGGUGAUCGUGAGCAAGAAGAAAAGUUCCGCCAGUUCCGUCAUCAAAUGGGGGAUGUUCUGAAGGACUGCUGUGCCGUCGUUGGCGUGCCCGACUGCCUGGGCAAGAUCUACCAGCUCAUUCAAGAAUGGGUGGCCAAUUAUGCUUCGCAAGCCAGCGACAACCACGUUCCUCAUUGGCAGGCGCUGGAAGCACCACUUUUUGGCCUGCGGGCUAUGGGCCGUAUGGUGGAUCCCGAGGAAAACACCGUGUUGGGCCAGCUGGUUCCCUUGAUCGUGCAGAUUCCCAACCAGGAGAAGAUCCGAUUCCAGGCUAUCAUGGCCCUUGCUCGUUACACCGAGUGGACAGCAUUGCACCCCGAGACCCUUGAGGCUCAGCUCAACUACGUUAUAUCCGGAUUCAACCACACUUCGCCCGAGGUCAUCCAGGCCUCGGCACUGGCAUUCAAGUUCCUGGGCACAGAUUGCCAAAAGCUUCUUGGUGGCCACAUCAACCAGCUCCACACAUUCUUCGAGUCGGUGCUGGACAAGCUCAAGCCUACCAGUCAAGAAGAGGUUACCGAGGGCGUCGCUGCCGUCGUCUCCGUCCAGCCUCGCGAGAAGAUCUAUGAGUCGUUCAAGAUGUUCUGUGACCCAAUUAUGGCUCGGAUCAUGAACCUUGCCAACAAUGCACAGGAUGAAGAAGGCCAACGUGCGGUUGCGGAUCACUUGCAGCUGAUCACUAUCUUUGUGCAGGUGGUGACGCCAAUCUGUGCCCCCGGUGAGGAGAACCCUGCCGUGAAGUACUGCGGCGAAAUCCUCCCCAUCAUGACUACGAUCGUUAUGAACUUUACCUCCUCUACCCCUAUUUUGGAACGCGUUUGCCGAUGCUGGCGCUACAUGGUUAUCUCUUACCGCACCGCCAUGAUUCCGCUAUUGCCUACUCUUGCCCAAAGUAUCGCCGGUGGCUUUGAGGCGUCUCGCGAGGGAUGCUUCUUGUGGGCCACCGAUGCCGUGGUGCGCGAGUUCUCUGAUGGUGCCGAGUUUGUAGACCCAGCAACAAGCAAUGCUGUCUACCAGUUCUACGAGCAACAAGCGGUUGCCUUCCUCCGAAUUAUGAACGACCUGCCACCAGAGAAUCUUCCUGACGUUAUUGAGGAUUUCUUCCGACUGUCCUCCGACGCCGUCCGCUACUACCCCAAAAUGUAUAUUGGCUCAAGUCUUGCCGUGCCCACCUUCUCCGCGGCUCUCAGUGCCCUCACUCUCCAGCAGACGGACCCUCUUAUCGCCACACUUCACUAUUACCGGGACCUCUUCGGCUUCGCCUUUGAGAAGCCAAUGGUUUCUGGAUUCACCAGCCCCGAGGGUGAACCCUACCAAACUCCACCAGAGGUUAUGGAGGCCGUCAAAAAUCUCGUUCUCUCCCACGGCGAGCUGCUCUCUCAGCGCGUUCUGACAGGCAUGAUGUUCACAUUCCCUGGCGACUGUUUCCCCGAUGCGUCAGGCAUCAUGAUGACCAUGUUCCAACUCCUCCCUCAAGAGACAGGUGCCUGGUUACAGACUACACUGCAGAUGUUGCCACCUGGUUCCAUGAAGGGAGGUGAAGCCGAGCGCCUGCUUAAGAGUAUCGCCGAUAAAGUGCAAUCUGGCGAGACCCGCAAGAUCCGCGUUCUCCUUCAGGACUUCACCAACUCCUACCGCCGCCGCAAUGUUGCACCCCGUGACGGACUGGGCCGUCUCGAGGCAACCCGCUUCCGAUUCAGCGGAUGA